AUUAGUGCGUAUACUUGGACAUGUACCCAUUCCAACAGUCCAACAUAUUAUCGACUGACGAUACAAGAGGAAUCUCAAGCAACUGUUUACGCCAACGUUUUGAAACUGAUAAGAGCUGAUGGCCCUCUCAGGCUGGGUGUGUUUGGUGACAGGUGCCUCUCGAGGCAUUGGAAGGGGCAUUGCCCUGCAGCUGUCAGAGGCGGGAGCCACUGUCUACAUCACUGGCCGCCAGGAGAAGACCCUGAAGGAAACUGCUGCUCAGGUGAAGGAGAGGGGUGGGAACUGUGUGCCAGUUGUCUGUGAUUCUUCAAGUGAUGAAGACAUAAAAUAUCUAUUUGAUCAAAUCCAACGUGAGCAGAAUGGCAGACUGGACAUCCUAGUGAACAACGCCUAUGCUGGUGUACAGGCUAUUUUCACUAACAUGGGGAAGAAGUUCUGGGAAACAGAUCCAACCAUAUGGGAUUCCAUAAACAACACUGGCCUUAGGGGACACUAUUUCUGCUCAGUGUAUGCUUCACGGAUGAUGGUGGCACAGGGCAGGGGCUUGAUUGUGGUCAUCUCUUCUAUGGGAGGGUUGAGGUAUCUCUUCAAUGUGUCAUAUGGGGUUGGUAAGGCUGCGUGUGACAGGCUAGCUGCAGACACAGCCGUUGAGCUGAGGAGCAGGGGAGUGGCCUCUAUCAGCCUGUGGCCGGGAGCAGUUCAGACAGAGUUGGUGUCUCAACUCAUCAUUGAGAAGGAUGCUCCACCGGGAGUUGAUCCUAAGUUCAGAGACGUCUUUGCCAAUGGAGAAACCACAGAGCUGAGUGGGAAGUGCAUUGUUGAGCUGGCGAAAGAUAAAAACCUGAUGUCGCUGUCAGGAAAAGUGUUGAUGACCUGUGACCUGGCUAGGCGCUACGGGAUACAAGAUGUUGACGGCCGCAGUGUGACUGACUACACCUCCCUUAAAUUCCUCCUGACCCAGGUCCCAUAUCUUUCCUGGCUCUCCGUGAUGGUACCCUCAUUCUUCCGGGUUCCUCGGUUUGUUCUUACCCUCACUAACGGACGUUUCUGAGCCACCCCAAACUCCUCUGUGACACAUGGAUUACUGCAGUGUCAGUAAUGUAUAUUAAAUGGUAUUCCUAUACAUAGAAUACUAAAUCAUUUAUCAUUCUGUGUUCAUAUGCCUAUGAAGGAUCUGCACCAGUGUACUGAGUGUACAGUAUUAUGAGUAUUACAAGAGUUUAUAAGCUUGUAUGUAAUUAAACUUGCCUAUUGCCUCUGACAUACAUAAAUUGGGAAAACCCCAUACAGUACAUGUCAAAACCAAUGAGUGGAAUGGUAUCAAAUACAUCAAACACAUGGUUUCCAUCUGUUUGAUGCCAUUCCAUUUUCUCCGUUCCAGCCAUUAUUAUGAGCUGUCCUCCCCUCAGCAGUCAAAACAAAAGGACUGAUACCUUUCUUUUACAAAAUGCAAUUUUUGAUGUGAUCAAAAUGAAGGUAUACUGAAUAAAAAAAGUGAAGGAAGGUGUAAUGAUUAUAACGGAAUAUUGAAUAUUUCAUUGUAUGAAGAGAAAUGCCAGCUAUGAUGUUUAGCUGCAUUUGAAAACACUAAGCAAAUGUGAAUGUGUUUUGUAAUACUGAUAAAUAAAUACAAUUCUCUACAUUCCUAUA